AUGGAUAAGGAUGUUGAUGCAUGUAUGGAGAAAUUAAACAAAAUGGAAUGGGGAGAAGAAGAUGAAAGACACAAGACCGCUCUUUUGCUAUUUGGUGAAAGUGCUGAUGUUCAAAAAGUUUGGUCAAGUAUGGUUUCUGAUGGUGAAGUUGUAGCUUUUCUUCUACUUGUGUUUUAUUGGUUGAGGUCAAACCGACGCAGACUAAUCAAAAUUCAUAGAAUUAGAGAAAACGAUUCAAGCGGGUAUGCGUAUACGCAAGAUUUGAUGUACGGAGACCCUACACAAUGUUUCGAUAUGAUGCGUCUUACACAAGAGGCAUUUGCACUAUUAUGCAACCAUUUUACCGAAAAAAAUUGGUUGCAAGCUAGUAGGACAAUAAGCAUUGAAGAGAAGAUGGCUAUCUUCUUACAUGUUAUAGGACAUAAUGAACGUUUUCGCGCAGUUAAGGGAGGAUUUCAUCACUCCACACAAACGAUUCAUCAAUGUUUUCAUGAGGUCCUAACAGCAAUGAUGUGUUUUGCAAAAGAAAUUAUAGCACCAACAACUCCUAAUCCAACAAGACAUAACUCGGAACGGCAUAGACGGUUAAAAAAUAAUUUUUCCAGAGCAAUAGGUGCAUUAGAUGGAACUCUUGUACAUGCGGUUGUACCCGUUGAUCAACAAACUUGUUAUAGAGGAAGAGGAAAAGGAGAAUGUUUUCAAAAUGGUAUAGCACAUGAUUCAAGAGUUUUGAAAGAACUUGCAUUUAAUUCGACUUCUGGAUUUCCAUUUCCUCCACUAGAUAAAUAUUACCUUUGUGAUGUCGCAUAUACAAACACUCGUGGGUUUAUGGCUCCAUAUCGCAAUACUAGGUAUUGGUUAGCCGAUUUUCGAAGAGGCAGACCUUUAACUAGAGAAGAAAGGUUCAAUAAUGCUCAUGCACAACUUAGAAAUGUUAUUGAGCGUGCUUAUGGUGUAUUGAAGGCGAGAUUCCCAAUCUUAAAACAAAUGGCUCCUUAUCCUUUUACAGUGCAAAGAGACAUAGUCAUUGCUUGUGUUGCGAUCCAUAAUUUUAUAAGGAAAUACAAUAUAGAAGAUGAAUUGUUUAGAAAUUUUGAGGAGGACACCAUGGUUACUCCUGACGUCCAAGGUAGGGGAAUUGAUAGAGAAAACAUACAAGGCAUAGAAUGGGGUCCAGAAGCCGUUGAAUAUAUGCGUGUUUUGCGUGAUCAGAUUGCAAAUCGACUACUUUCACCUACUUUACAUUAA